AGCGUUUAGAAGCCCGAACGCCAGCUGAUGGGGUUGGAAGAUUGGAAUUUCUGCAACAGCUUGUGACCGAAUUCCAAACCUCAAGUGACGAUGGUACACCAGACCGAGGCCAAAUAGGCCUAUGGCUUGCUUUUUCCCCCACAAAAAAUUGAGUCAAACCAUCUUUUCCUACCUCCAUGCUGGUCAAACCUUCCUGCUUGGCCCAUCAUCAGCAUGAUGAUCAGCGUGUAGGACAUCUGGAAAAACGAUUUUCAAAAUCCACAUGAAAAGACAUUUCUAGCAGUUUAAAAAGACCGUUACAUUCCUAACACUGCAGUGCUACAUGUAGGCAUUUGGGUGCCUUUCUCUUCUUGGAAAUUUGAAGAUAAAAAUUUCAAAAUGGAAACUUUUCUCCACAUUUUAGGAGAGGUAGCCAAAAUGCCUAGCACAUCAGUUAGAGCCCCCUUUGCUGUUGUGAACAUUAUAAAUGUUAUGAAACUGGAAAAAGUGUCUUCAUUUCGAAUUUGUUUCUUCAUCAAGAGAGGCAGAGAGAUGAGCCCCAUGGUUCAAGUUCCCUCACUCUAUUUUGCACGCUGAUAGUAGGGCCCAGAAUGAAUUGGAGGUAGUGAAGUAUAUGUCUUUUGGCCCCUAAUUGUGGGGGUCUGCUGGUGUUGAUAUGAGCAAGGACGUGGUAUGCGUAUCAAUGGUGAAGCUUAUCUUGUUUUUGAGGGCAUGCAAAGUGUCACUCUGAAUGAGGCUAAAGAGCAAGUUCUCGCCAAUUUGGCAAAUUUUGCAUAUGAUCCCAUCAAUUACAGUUAUCUCCGAGAACUGAAUGUGAUUGAUUUAUUUUUAGAUAUGUUAACUGAGCCAAGUGAAAAACUGGUAGAGUUUGGUAUGGGCGGUCUCUCUAAUCUUGCUCUUGAUCGAAGCAACAAGGACUACAUCCUCAGCUCCGGUGGAGUGAAACUCAUCGUUGAUGUAUUGUCCAGACCCGAGGAGGAAAUCGUCUUGUCAGCAAUAACUACCCUCAUGUUUCUCAUGACACCCCAGUCAAAAACAGAGAUCACAGCGCCCUCUGUUGUUCAAUGCAUGUGCAGGUUCUCCCAGUCUACAAGUCCAAGAUUGAGCAACCUUGCCCAUGUGUUUCUACAGGAUUACUGUACUGAUGCCCAGAGACAGCAAGCGCAAUCUAGUUCUGAGGAUGCACAAGUCGUGGGUAUACCACUCCCAAGUUCAGAUCAACUCCCGUCUUCGGAAACAUGAAGGGCUGCGAGGAGCUUAUCUGUGAAACGUCAGGUCUCUUGGUACGACGAUCCUGGAGCAUACAGCAGACAGGGAAAGAGAGGCACAUAUCCGUUGGUUCCAACGGAGUGUGGGGCUACCUUGUUGAAUGCCUCCCUCUAGUGUGUCUGCAGCUCUCCAGAUUCUAGGGCUUCCUAAUUACUUGACUAUGGAUAGAGGUAACACUUUUUCCUGUGGAAGCUGCCAACUAGUGGCUUCCAGCAUUCUCCAUAGAUGCAUGUGCUUUUUCCAGCCGUAGCCAUGUCAUUUGAAUGUGGCUUAGUUCUGCAAGAGGCCUCUCCUGUUGCUUGCUACAAGUGUAACCAAUCAGGAACAGGGGGGUAUUUCAUUCCGACCGUGAGAGAUGUUUGCUGCUGGCUUACUGCAAGUUUCUCAGUGAAUUUCAAUUUUUACAGUAAAUUUGCCAUGCAAUGUUCAUUUGUACAAGAUGCUUCUAAUUUACAGCUGUGAAUUUGGCACUGUUAUUACAAUGUAAUUUCAGGAACCAAAAGAUCAUAUGAAGUGCUUUCCUUUGAUUAAAAUUUGUAUCAAAGAACUA